AUGACUUAUCCUAAUGUUCCAGGUGCCAAGGUUCACAUGGGCUUCUACGAGGAUUGGUUGAGUCUCAGAAGUCAGGUUCAAGCAGCAAUGAUAUCAUCAUUCAAGCAAUGCUCAUCAUGCAACUCCAUUGUUGUAACUGGACACUCCUUGGGAGGUGCCAUCGCAACUCAUGCCAUGGCAGAGGUUAUGGGAUGGUUCCCAGAUGUACCAAGUUGGUCGUACACAUUUGGAUCACCACGUGUUGGUAAUGUUGCCUUCGCCGAGUGGUACAAUUCCAUCCAGCCAGACAAUUACCGUGUAGUCAACCAACAUGACAUUGUUCCACAUGUUCCACCACAAAAGGAUACAACCUACACCUACCAUCAUGUUCCAUUAGAGAUUUGGUAUCCAAAGAAUGAGACCACCUACGUCGUCUGUAACGACAGUGGCGAGGAUCCAUCAUGCAGUGACUCUGUGCCAAUAUACGAAUGGACUGGUGCCGACCACGGCACCUACGUCGACCUCCCAGUAGGUUGCAAUGACAACCUCUACCCAACUAUUUAA